AUGGCCCGGGCCCGCGGCCAGGCCCGGGGGAGCAGCGGGCGGCGGCGGCCGCGGCGGGGCAGCGCGGGAACCGGGCCCCGGGGGGAGUCGGCCGGGCUGCUGCUGCUGCUGCUCCAGGUGCUGCCGCCCGGGGCUGCGGCAGGGCCGGGGCGCCGGGGCACGCGGGGCGCCGCCGCCGCCGCCGGCGUCUGCUGGCCCGGCGCUGCCCCUGCCUUUCCCCGGGACGCGCGACUGUUGCUGCUCCUGCCGCCGCUGCCGCCGCUGUCGCCACCGCCGCCGCAGCCGCCGCCGCCGCCGCUGCUGAGCUCCGCGCCCUCAGCCUCCGCCUCCCGGAUGGACUCUCUGCCCCGCGGCGGGCUGAACCUGAAGGAGGAGCCUCUGCUGCCCGCCGGCCUGGGCUCGGUGCGCUCCUGGAUGCAGGGCGCGGGCAUCCUGGACGCCAGCACCGCGGCGCAGAGUGGCGUGGGCCUGGCACGAGCACAUUUUGAGAAGCAGCCUCCCUCCAACCUCAGGAAAUCCAACUUCUUCCACUUCGUGCUGGCCAUGUAUGACCGGCAGGGGCAGCCGGUGGAGGUGGAGCGCACAGCCUUCAUCGACUUCGUGGAGAAGGACCGAGAGCCUGGGGCUGAAAAGACUAACAACGGGAUCCAUUAUCGCCUCCGGCUGGUGUACAACAACGGACUUCGGACAGAACAGGACCUGUAUGUGCGUCUCAUCGACUCCAUGUCCAAGCAGGCCAUCAUCUAUGAGGGACAGGACAAGAACCCUGAAAUGUGCCGAGUGCUGCUCACCCACGAGAUCAUGUGCAGCCGGUGCUGUGACCGGAAGAGCUGUGGCAACCGGAAUGAGACACCCUCAGACCCCGUCAUUAUUGACAGGUUCUUCCUCAAGUUCUUCCUCAAAUGCAACCAGAACUGCCUAAAGAAUGCGGGGAAUCCCCGAGACAUGCGCCGCUUCCAGGUGGUGGUGUCCACGACGGUGAGCGUGGACGGACACGUGCUGGCCGUGUCCGACAACAUGUUUGUGCACAACAACUCCAAGCAUGGCCGCAGGGCGCGCCGCCUGGACCCCUCCGAAGCUGCCACCCCCUGCAUCAAGGCCAUCAGCCCCGGGGAGGGCUGGACCACGGGCGGCGCCACCGUCAUUGUCAUCGGCGACAACUUCUUCGACGGGUUGCAGGUCGUGUUUGGGAACGUGCUCGUGUGGAGUGAGCUCAUCACGCCCCACGCCAUACGGGUACAGACGCCCCCGCGGCACAUCCCCGGGGUAGUGGAGGUGACCCUGUCCUACAAAUCCAAGCAAUUUUGCAAGGGAGCCCCUGGCCGCUUUGUCUACACAGCCCUGAAUGAGCCCACCAUUGACUACGGAUUCCAGAGGCUACAGAAAGUCAUCCCCAGACACCCCGGAGACCCGGAGAGGCUGCCCAAGGAAGUGCUGCUGAAGCGGGCGGCCGACUUGGCGGAAGCCCUGUACGGAGUGCCCGGCAGCAACCAGGAGCUCCUCCUGAAGCGCGCGGCGGACGUGGCCGAGGCUCUGUACAGCGCCCCCCGCGCGCCCGCGCCGCUCGGACCCCUGGCCCCCGGCCACCCGCACCCCGCCGUCGUGGGCAUCAACGCCUUCAGCAGCCCGCUGGCCAUCGCCGUCGGGGACGCCACGCCGGGGCCAGAGCCCGGCUAUGCGCGCAGCUGCGGCAGCGCGUCCCCCCGCGGGUUCGCGCCCAGCCCGGGCUCGCAGCAGAGCAGCUACGGCGGCGGCCUCGGGGCCGGCCUCGGCGGCUACGGGGCGCCGGGUGUGGCCGGCCUCGGCGUGCCCGGGUCCCCCAGCUUCCUCAAUGGCUCCACGGCCACCUCACCCUUUGCCAUCAUGCCCUCUAGCCCUCCGCUGGCCGCUGCCUCCUCCAUGUCCCUCCCUGCGGCUGCGCCCACCACCAGCGUCUUCUCCUUCUCGCCUGUCAACAUGAUCUCCGCCGUCAAACAGAGAAGUGCUUUCGCCCCCGUGCUGCGCCCACCCAGCUCCCCAUCCCAGGCCUGCCCCAGAGCCCACGGAGAGGGGCUUCCGGACCAGCCUUUUGAAGAUUCUGACAAGUUCCACUCUCCAGCUCGGGGGCUUCAAGGCCUGGCGUACUCCUAAUUACGGUCUGCAGGUGUUGCCCCCACUGAACCUGGACCGGAGUUUCCUCCAGGAUUCACACCCGCUCCCUGGAUGGCAGCACAGACUGAUGCAGGGCCAGGGUUGUGGGCAAGCCUCAACCCCCAGGCCUGAAUGGGGAGAUGCCUUCCUCCCUGUGCUCAAGGGCCCCCCCGGUCCCACAGGCUUCUCUCACCUCCCUUUCUUGGGGCUGGUCGGAAGCCCCAGCACUGUGCUGAUGCUCUUGGCAGGAGAGCAUUCCAAGGAGGUGCUGGGAUGCCGGACCUCACUCACUGGGUUGGUUCCUCUGGAAGAGAUGGACCUCGUACAGACCAAGGGCAUCGGGUGACAGGACCAUGGGAUGGGGACUGUGGGAAAGAGCUCAGGGAGAGGAGGCCUGGGAAGGUCCUGCUUGCGUCCACCCAUCUCAACCAUCCCAGCAUCCCAAGUACUCUCCAGGGCCAGGGAUGGUGCCCAGCAGCCUCCAGAGGCCUGCCUAGGCUCCUGUGGAGUUUCUGACGGCCACCUGACCCCGUGGCUGCCCCACUCCCUUUGAGGCCUGCGCACUCAUGUUCACCACCUCAUGAUUCCCAGUGGGGGCUUUGGGUGUAGAGGGUACAGAAGAGGAGGUGCCAGGCUCCCUAGAUUGUGGACCUUGCUCCCAAGGGAUGUCUCGUGGACUCUGGCCCCGCACAGAAGAUCUGGCUGGCCCCAUAGAACCAUGGAAUGGGCCAACCGCCCCCAGCCUCAUAUUCUGCUCUGCUGAGGUUGGAGAAAAUAAACCCAGAUGCAGGUGGCCACCCAGCCUCUCUUGUCUGUUUCCUUGGCAUGGGUCUGCUUUUCUCAGCAGUUCUGCAACUCUAAACCAUGCCUCUCGGCAGCUUUCUUGUACCUUGGGCUUUUUCAACAGCUCCAGAUUUCAGCAAGUAUUCCCUGCCCCAUAUCUGCUCUUGGGUGUUAGCAGGCCUGAGGACCCAGGACACAGGCUCAGCCUUGAGAGCGCUGGCUGGAAGCACAUUCUGGACACUGAGGACUCAGGCCAGGACCAAAGUGGGGGUUGUCAGAAAGACAUUGCUGGGAACCAGAACAGAGCAAACAAUUCUACCCAGAUGUACAGAGGCUCAGAAGUGAAAGCCUUCCCCCUUGGAGGCUGCAGGGCCUCACCCGGGCUGGGCAGGGCAGCUUUUGGCUCCUAGGGUUGCCUAAUUGGGUGACACCCCAACCGUCCUCCAUCCUCUCCUAGGCACUUCCUGGCUCUCUUGUCUCAGAGUUUGGGAGGAGAGGUGGUAAAGAGGCAAGAUUCCCAGGCUCACUUACCCACCUCCCAGGAUGAACCCCAGUUGUCCCCCUGAGACAUGUUCCCUAGACCUCAAAGUUCUAGCUGUCUGACGCUGGAAGCCACUUUUUGGAUGCACUGUCUAGGGAGCCCAGUGUCUAGGCAGGCCUCAGGCUUUCUUCUCUCCCCUUCUGAUAGCGCUCCUUGGCUCUGGAAACCCUGUCCUUCUGACCCAUGAGCCCAUGCUCUGCAGCCCUCUGGACACACACUUGCCAAGGCAGAUGGGCUGAUCCUGUCCUUUAGAGGCCUCCACUUUCUUCUCUUGUGUUCUGGCCAAUCCCUGGGAUUCAUCUCACCUGGACCCAUAACACGGGUAGCAUCGGGUCAUCCUGCCUUCUUCUCAGUACUCACCUGGCCUCCCCUCAGUUCCUGCUUUCAGCCCGUGUUGCAGAACCCUGGGGCCUGCCAGCCAUGCCCUGCUCCACUCAGGCCCCAGGCAGUUUCCACUUUCCCGGGCCCUCGCAGCCUGAGCACCAGCAGGGCUCUCAUCUGUGCCAGAUGCAGGUUAUUACUGGAUGGUGGUCACAUUCUGGUUCCUGGAAUGGGUCAGGUGCUGUGAUUGGCAUAAAUAAGUUGUGAUCUUUGUCUUCAAAGGUCUCACAACUAUGCUCAAGCCACCAUUUGAGUCAGCACUGCCCACUCCCUGACCCACAGCAGGCAGCACUAAUCAAUUAUGGUAUUUGCUAUGGACUGAAUCAUGUCCUCCCAAAAUUCAUACGUAGCGCCUAACCCCACCCCCUUUGUGGCUAUAGCUGGAGAUCAAGCCUUCAAGGAGGUGAUUAAGGUUAAAUAAGGUCAUAAGAGUGGGGCCCUAGUCUGAUAGAACUGGUGUCUUUGUACGAAGAGGAAGCGACUCCAGAGCUCUCUCUCCACCGUGUGAGGACACAGCAGGAAGGCGGCCAUCUACGAGUCGGGACAAGGGUCCUCACCAGGAAUCAAACCAGUGCACACCACGAUCUGGGACUUCUAGCUUCCAGAACCAUGAGAAAAUAAAUUUCUUUUGUUCAAGCUGC